AUGCAGGAGUGGCUAUUGAAACUCGGUGAGAAAUCCGACAGCCGAACCACCGGCCUGGGCAGCUCGGAACGCGGGGAAAGUCCGAUGAGAACUGAGAACCCCGGAAAACAGAUAACAUGUGUUAGUCUGCUAUUGUUCAAAGGCCCUGCUGGACAUGGUCUGAAUUUGGGCAAAGCACCCUAA